AUGUACGUCCGAUACUUACAGCAUCAGCAUCACGGAACGGUGCAGUUGUUAAUGAUGCCAUUGAGUACAGCACCCGGGUCUGGAAAGAAUUCGAAAUGGUGGGGUUCAUGAAUUCAAAUCAAUCUAUGAUAAAUAUCACUUUUAGGGGUGGAGAUGGAGACGAAGAUGACAGUGGGGAAUGUGAACCAGUUCCAUUGCCGAUUCAAACGUUUUUGUGGCGACAAACAAAGUAAGUUCAUUCGGGAUUGCAACCUGAUUUUUAGCCCAUUCCUCGGUGCCAAGAUUGGAAAGUUGCAUGAAUCGUCAUGUGUGGUGAGUUCAGUGGAAAGUCAAAAAGCUCCGGUUUUGGCUUAAGGCCUCGAAAAAUGUGCCGGAAAUAGUUUUAAAAAAUGGGUGAAAAGAAUGGCCGUGCUGAGAGUCCGCUUCCUCUGGGAUAUGAUUUGUUUAACACGCAGAUAGAUUAACCGAGUACUCUGUUUAGACCUUCGAGCGAGUUGUUGUCCAGAACAUUCUUCACGGUCUCAGUCCAAGUCUCUCUGAUGCCAUCGGCUCCGUAUCUAGAUGGAGAUUUGUGCGUGCCGCCUUUCCUCACAUAGUUCAAGUGAGUUACCUCUCCUUUUCGUUUCAAAUUCUGUGUUUACAGUGUUGCGGAGCGUUGCUUACGGUAAGAGCCAACGAAGACGAGAGUCUUCCAAUGAGUGGAUCUCUCGUCAAAAUUAUGUAUAUUUUACAUUGGUUGAUUCUGGAUGCAGCGCAUGAAUGCAAUGAAGUGGUGAGUAAUCACCAAAUAAUUAUAACUUUGUCAUAGAUUGAUGCAGAGAAUGUUGAAGUCUCGUUAAAAAAGCUUACUUAUUCGAUCCCAUGUAUUCAAAUGUUUGUAUAUUUGAUUGCCCCUCUUUGUCAUGUCAUCAAAGAGGAAGAGAUUGAGAGUCACAUUAGGCUGGAAAGCGGUCUCAGAUUGUGGCAGGCGUUGUGGCAGGUAAUUGCUAAGGCAAUGAAACAAGCUUCUUUAGUUCCGUCAACCUGAUGUAUUAUGCUUCUCAGCGCCGGUCAAACAACGCAAGAAUCAUUUCCCGCAACUUUCCAACAAGUCUAAGAAACCGGCAGCGCCAAUUGCCCUCGAGCAAGGGAUCUAUUUGGGCGAUGACCAGUUUAAUACCCGGAGGGCAUCAAACGUUCAUUCAAUCCCACAGAACCCCACCAAACCAUCGACCUCAGUUCAGGAAGACAAGAUUGAAAGAGUAACGGAAGAGGUUACUGUAGUUGAGCCAGAGAAACACAGUUAUUCCAAGAUUGUGAGAUCGGUCAGCGACUACAAGACUAGCGACUUGGCAUCAAAUGGAUGUAAAAUGGCUAUUCGAAAAAGCAGAACUGACAUGUUUCAUCCCAGUGGUAUGCUUGGGUAAUUAUGAUGUAUACAUACAUACGUUUCAGAUCCAGAAUACAACGGCCUAAACAAUAUUGACGAAGCUAUGCAAUUCACGGAGGAUGGGUCUUUUAGCGAGAGUUUCCAUUUCAACGAUAAAGCGCCUCUUGUACAACUACAAGAGAUUUGUUCGGGGGCUUCGUUGGACACUUCGGACACUUACAAUGAACCGGUAAUUUGAUGCUUUCAUAAUAAUUUAGUAUUCUAGGUGUGUCCGACGUGUCGUCAGAAGCCUUGUCAAUGCGCACUUACGCCAAAAGCUCCAUCAAAGACUCCAAUCCAGAUAAACAAAUGUAAAGGUAAUUUUGGCUUCCUAUCAAGAAACUUUUUCAGCGGACGAUGCAGAUUCAGUUGGAAGUCAACAAACGGUAAUCAACAAGCCUCUGAAGGUCGCACAAGUCCCUAGGACAACUCCUAUCCUUGUUUUCAAUGAUCAGAAGGACAGCCUGUCUUCGGGAACAGAUAAAUCUGACACUUCUGUCGUCCAUGAUCUCAACGAAGCCACUUUUCUGGAUGUUGGCACUUUAAAAUGCCUCUUAAUUAAGAAUUGGUCUGAAGAUGGAGUGUACUGGGCCACGAAGUAUUUUUUGAACAGAUUGACAGAGAUAAGGCAACACCGGCUUAUCUCGGAAGCCACAAUUAGAUGCCGUUCCAAUUCUGUCCCGACUAUAGCCCCUCGGGGAUCCAAACAUGACCUCUGCUGUCCUGAAUAUCUGACGUGGACCGAUUUACAAGAGAGAUCAGAGGUAUUCCAAAGAACCAUAGGAUCGGAUGAAAACAAUGAUGACAUCAAAGCCAAGGUGGCAUUUAAUGUGGAACGGAAAGGGUAACCUUUUACGUUACUGUUGAAAAAAUAUGUUUAGGUCGGAGAAAAACGCAAUAAAGUUACGAGUCGUGGCCGAGAAAAGACGAGUUAGUGUUAACACUCUUCCGGCAAUAAAGCAUGCAUCCAAACACAAUGGAAAACGUCGGAGAAAUAAGUAAGACUUCUUUCUAUAUUUACAUAACUGGUUUUACAUCAUAAUCUGUCUUAUUUGUAAAGAAGUGAACCCUGUAUCAACAUGCCAACAGCUAUAAGUGUGAACACAAUCAAGGAUGAAGACAGCGAGAAUGGAAAAGGCCGCUACUUUUCUGAAGCCCUUGGAAGCAGCUUGUUCAUUCAACCAAAUGGUUACAUAAAACUAGACAUUCUCCUUAAAUCCCUGGUUGGCGUUGUUGAGCGAUGUUCGGCGAUUCGAAUCCUCGAAAUCAUCCUUAACAUUUGCGACAUUUUAUUAACCAUGCCAGGUUUGGGAAAUGUGACAAUCUUCGAAGAUGUGACAAAGAUUGUAUUGAAAGUAUACAUUCAUCUUGGAUGUCCGAAUGGAUGCAAUGAAGGAAUGAGAACGCCUCAAGCGGACUUUAUGAGAAUCAAACUUAAGAAUCUUCUCUCUCAGAUGAAUAAAAGUGGAGAAGGAUUACUGACGGGAAUUCUGAAGUCGCAGGUAAUGGGAAGUACAUGCCAGUCUUUGUUGGACUAUCUCCACGCUAUGACGUCAUUUUGUGAAUUCGAUCCCAGCCAUAACCGGUCGCGAUCAGCGUUGUCCCAGCGUCGAACGUCUUCUCUCAAAGAAAAUAAAAUGCCUUCCUAUCGCAACAACUUCAAUGAAGGAAACGCGGGAAUGGAAGGAAUCAUCUUAAACACGCUGCUGAACCCGCUAAUCAGCAAAUUAAUGAAUAAAACAGCCGAGAUCACCCUCCCAGAGAAUAUAGGUUUAUACCAUGAUGUCCAAUUAUUUUUCGCAUACGUUAACGAAUACCAUGGAAAUCCCCUUCGACGGUCUGCUUUAAGCGCAAUGACACCAAGGAUAAAAACAGACGACGGAGACAGCGGAUCGAGAUCUCGAAAUGACAGUGUGAGCACAAGACAGGGCCCAGAAGGAUCAAUCUCAUCUCAUCAGCGUGACAAUGCAUCGUUGAGACGAGGACUGUUGAAACGAAAAAAUGAAAAAGUAAGUUUUAAACUUUGGACAUUCUACCUUCUUUUAUAUUCCUGGUGCUUUAUAAUAAAAAUUACAGCAGCAAGCGAUGAAUGCAGAGGAAAGCGAACCCGACUCCAGUCCGUCUACUCCAAGAAAUCAACCAUCAAUGGACGAUAAUAUCAGCAGCACCGGAAGCCCUCAAAUAUACCAGGGAGCAAAGAAAAAGUCUGGCGGAAAGCUGCAUUUCGCCCUAAAUCUACUAAAAUCUGUAAGAAACGAGGCCUCAGAAGAUGAGAAUUGGGAAGAUGCAAACAAUCUAGAUGACUCUGUGGGAGACGAAGUCAGCGCCACAUUAGCGGUCGAAUCCAAAAGCCGGAUCUCCUUCAGGAAUAUGUCCAGUAAAAUGAAUAGCUUCAGACAACGGCAAUCGUUAUCAAUUGACACCGGAUACACAAAUGAGGCUUCAUUAGAAUCCAACCCGCAUAAAAUUCUCACUGAGAAAUUGUCAAUAAUUCAGUUAUAUCUACCAUCGAAAAGAAAUGUCAACAUUUUUGAUAUUCGAGAGGGCGUCAGAAGAUUUAGAUUCCUCAUGGAAACGUGUAGACCAGGUCAAGUCCCAGAUGCUCCGCUUCUGGCUGCUCUGAUGGAACUCAAGGCUCCAGUGAUUAGCCGAGCUGCCAUUCUUCUGGAAUGUGCUAACUUUGUAUAUCGAUGUAACAAAGGAGAAUGGCCUGAAUGGAUGAGAUCGAGUAUGAACACGACCAAUCCUAGAAAUGCCAAUUUGAGCGCCAGCAGUAGAAGUGUUAUCGGUGGCUCACGGAAAAUGGUGAUUCUUCAAAGAGCGGCCGGAAGAAGCUUUUAUGACUGGGGAAUUCAGGUAAAAGCUUUAUUCAAUAAUCUGAUAAAUAUUUCAGCUUGGGGCAAGGUUACAACGUCUUCUUGAAAAAUCAGUUGAACUGCCAAAGGAUACUGAUGAAAAACGUCGGUUGAAGACGUUUGAUGACAUUGAAGACUUCCUCGAUGACGCUACCGUAAACGACGCCAGUGGAGAAUACUGUCCGCCAGUCUUGCUCUUGAUGGCUUCUCAUCUUCUUUACCAGAUAACUGCCUUCUUGAGGGAAACAUUCCAACUUUUACCCAGGUCCAAAAUUCCAAAUAAGAGUACUGGAAGUACAACUGGAUGGGAACGAAUCAUGUCUAACCGCAGAUGGUCAAUACUUUCAAACACAUUUAAUCCCCAGACUGGAUCUAUGCACAGUAUCAACGAUCUUCAUCCUGAGAGAAGGGUCAGCUACAGCACCGCGGACGAGGACUCUUCUCCGCGAGGAUCUCACGAUUUGGGCGACGACUCACUCACAAACUCCGGAUCCGAUAAGAAAAGUAAGUUUAAAAAGUUAGACUUGUCCUUUGACUUGCCCGCGUUUGAAUGCUUGCAAUUAUAAUUUGCCCUAAAGAAAAACCGGAAGGUAACAGUGCCUUGUUGGCGUUGCAUCGCUUUACAUCAAGGGGGAAGUUGUUCUCUCGGGAAACAUCACUCUCCAACAAUGAGGAAAUGGAAUCGCCACAUAAUGUUCGUAUCCUGCGCUCCCAGAAUACUGUUGGCUCCAACAACAGCGGACCCAUCACGACUACUGUCGUUGGAACGAUGAUCAGUGUGCCGGAUUCAGGUCCAUUGCUUCAUUUGCUUUUCCCAAAACUUUCCUUCCACUGUGUCGUAUCGUGUUUAUGUUAUCUGUCCGUCCUUUAAAUCUUUUCUGCACUAUUUUUAACUUCAGCAAUGUCAUCUUUUUUAGUGAGGAGGUUGGCACAAGGAAGACAACGGCUAUUGAAAAGAGGAUCUCCUUCCGGCGGUCCCCAAAGUUCGUUAGAAUCAAGUAGAAAACGGAGAGAAGCGUCGUUUAGGUAAGAUUGUUGUGUAUCGAAUAAUUAUUUUUCAGAAGAAAGACCAGAUCACCAGCAGAAGCCGAGGAGGGUAUUGCAGAAGCAGGUAGGUUGGGGUCUGAUUUCUCUUCUUCUCUCUCCUCCUCUUUCUCUUCCUUCAGAGCUUCCUUCUUUUCUAUCUGGUAUCGUAGUUGCUGUGUUCUUCCAAAAAUAGUUCCAUCGGUCAUAAGCGCGUUACAGUUAAUUCGCCAAGCCCGUCGCAAUCGUUUAUGCAACGGCGUCGUAAGGCGGCUUCAUUGCGUUGCAGUGCCGGUGUUCGAUGGCAUAUGAGAUCGAUGCGGAUCAGAGGAUCGCCGUCAAUCACAGAUCACGGCUUACCGCCCACGUCUCCGCCAGCCGGAGCCCAAUCCUUUAGCGAAUUAAAUCAUUUUUCGUCAACCGAACCAAGUCCAUACCAGUCCCCGAUCCUAAGGAAGGAGAGUCGAACAGGUCGAGGUGCGUUCCUAUCUUUGAGCUUAUGCGUUUGCCUUGUCCGUUCCUUUGACACGCUUACCUGAGGAGUCUUUGCAAUUUUUGUUGCGUAUUCCGAAUGUACAAUUGCAUUUAUCUGUUGCAUUGCCACUGUUUGUCAAUCCGCACACCUUGCCUUUUACAUGUCCGACGUCAUAUUCAUGUGGUAUGAAAUAUGAGUUCACUUUUUUUGUUUCCAUACAUAAAGGGCUUAUUUACAGUGCCAUUGAACGGAAAGUCGAGAGACAGUCUGAAACCUUCAAAUAUCAAACAUUCUGUUACUAAUGAUGACCUCAAUGAUGAUUCAUACCCAUCCCCUGAAAGAAGGCCUGGGGCCAACUCUGCGAUGGGAAAUACGACGACUGCACAACAUCUACCACAUACGUUAGAAGACGAUGAAGAAGAAAUGAUUCGAAAUAUACCUUGGCUAAAGGUAAUCUAGUUGGACUCUGACUAAACACAGUUUUAGGUUAUGAUCACGGUAUCCAAAAAGUUUGACAUUGAAUGUACACACGACAAAUACUGCUCUUUCUGGUGCUUCGAUCGGGUUUAUAGACAAUGUAAUCGAUUAACGGAUGCUUUGCAUAUGAUCUAUGCAGAGAACGAGAAGGACAAAAAAGUUGACAAAAGGAUGCAAUUGAUCGAAACAUGGCAAAAUCUUCAGACCGCCAAUGUGAAAGUAAGUUGAUAAAUUAUAAAAACAAAAUUUGCAGAAACGAUCAUCCAAUCCGCGACGAGAGAGCGCCAUCGUCCGUCAAGCAGGGAUGGAAAGGGUCCCUCUGGCAUUACGAGGCCUUCUAAUCGAGAAACUUGGGGAGAUAGAGGAAACAAAGAGUUCCAAAAAAGAUGCCCAAGCUCUAUCAGACACAACACCCAUCAAUCUGAGCGAACUAAAUGUGAAACCAAGUAUCAUUAAGCAUUACAUUGACAACCAGCUCUUCAAUGUGAUCUAUUCUCCUCUCUGGGCGUUACUAAAAGGAGCUGUUAUUAUGUCAUUGGAAGAUUUCAAGGACAUUGCAGACGUCUCAUGGUCGCUUCUUAUUCAUGCUGAUGCCAACACGGUGUCAUCAGCUGCGGCCAUAUUCAUAACAUGUGCGGUGAAAUGUCCAGAUGAAUGUGUUGCCCUUAUUAAGAACGAUCUGUCAUCAACCUCAGCCUCGGUUCGAAGUGCUGCCAUCAACAGAUUCUACGCUCUUUGGAGGAAUAGAUUCCACGUCUGGUUGAAACUGGAAGACGGGGCACAAUUCGCCUUUAAAGUGCCUCCUCCAGGCAUUGAUUUUACUUUGCCGUCACCCCCCAUUGGACAGAGUCAACAACUUGUUGUGGACCCUCCUUGGAUGCCCCAUGUUAAGACUAAGGUGGAAGAAUUGAGUCUAAAGGAAGAAGAACACUCAACCAGUCAGACAAUUAUGACAAUGACACGAACCAGGAGGAAGCAAAAGCAAGAGAUGGUAAAGAAAGCCGUGAAAGAAGCCGAGGAAAAACAAUGCGAAUUAAGACAACAGUUUUCCUUACGGGCAACUCCAAUCGUCCAACAUGCAUCCUAUGAACCAGCUCUAUUUGCACAUAUAAAUGUAGGAUCGCAAGCUCAACAGAAUGCUGAAAUCGAUGAGUAUGAACUGGGCAUGACCCCUGCUCAACAGAAUCGGCCACAAGUUCCCGUUGCCCAGCCAUUAUUCCCAUCAGUUAUUUUAAGUGUGGUUCCCCAACUUGUGGAAAUGUUUGAUGAAGUUCAAGUUGAUCGAGAUGGAUGUUCGGUAGGAGAGUUAAGUCGACGCAUUGCAUGGGCUUGCAUUGUCGAGGACUCGUCGUUGUUCUUGCGGCAUUUCCUCGAGAAAUUAACUCAACGAGAUAAACAAGAGCAUCUGUUUGCAUUGUUAAGAAAACUGGUCCUCAGUUUUCGACCAUUGCCAACCCAGACAGCGUACACUCUGCUGAACUACCUGUUUGGUUUCGUCAUGUUUUAUGUGCGAACUCCAUGUGAAGGAAGUGACCGGUCAAUGGGAAUGGCCUUAAGCAUUAUAUGGCUCUUGACUCCUUAUGUUCAUGGGUUGUAUUUCAAGGACAUGAAACAAACGCUGAAGAAGGAACAGUGUGAUGUAAGGCAAACAAAAUAAUUCGAAGAGUUUUAGCAAGCCAUAAUGAUCACGGCGAAUGUCCCCAGUGCCAAGAAAAUAAUUGUUCAUGGGCCAGAUAGUGGUGAUGGUGGUAUUCCGUCGCAAUUCCCGAUUCACGAAGAGACCCAAUUUCAGCAAAUUUUAACCGAUAGUCUAGAGUUCUUCAACAUCUCAGAAGACGAGGUAGAUCAAUACUUUCUUGUGGACUUCAAGACUCAACAAAUCCACAUGCCUUCUUCCUAUGUCCGGUAAGUUUCUUCGUUAGUAUAACGUAUAACAUUUUUAGGGAUUUUUACUUCUUCCAUCGCUCAUUCUAUCCUCAAUUAUCGUUGGUUAAGCUAGAUCCAGAGGAAGCCCAGUCUAAAAUGAAGAACAACGCCUUUCAGCAGAAGUUGAUAGAGACCGGGAAAGUGUUGCUAACCCAUCAGGCUCUCAAAUACAGCCCAGAAAAUGUCGUCCCACAAAGAAUAUUCUUCUUACACGACGAAUUCACACACUUACCAGCAUUUCCAAGGAGAAGUUUGGAGUCUUGUUUUGGGUUCUAUGAAGGAAAAAUGGGCGAUGAACUGCAGGCAAUCGAUUCGAUCCACAAGUUUGUCUGGAGUCAGGUACGAGUACUGAUCUUUAAUUAAAAUGUUUUUAGUUAAUCAGUGAUAUGUUUGAAAAAAUGGAAAACGCAUUCAUGUUCGGGGACUUACAUCUGUUUAUUAAUGUUAUCAAUGGGAUUCUGAUAAUGCACUGUGAAGACAUACUGAUCCUCAGACGAUGCAUGGCUACUUAUCUGACGAUGGCCAUUCAUUUCAAUACACUUUUUGCGAGCCAGGUCAGUUUCUAUUAUAAUUUUCUUCUCUUCACAACUUUUAAAGUUAUUUUUACGCAUUAUUAGUCAUCGCGCCUUGGAAUCGCCCAUCAUCGUUUUGCGACGGCAAGCCGCGGCUAUCGAUUUAGUGCGCGACUGCAUCCUUUUUUCGAUGAGGCGAGACUUUUGGCUGCGACGACCCGCCGUUAUUUUCCCGACAGACUGAUACAAAAAGUCCUGAUAAUUUUUCGCCGUGCAGUUUUUGCACUUUUUUGAUUUGUCGCGCGCGACGUAAGGCAAAAACAAAAAAUAUGCACCGUGCAAAAGGCGUUUUUGGGUCAAAUGUACAGUGCACUGCAGUGCAAAGCACUUUUUUCGCGAUUGUUGCAGGGACACGCCAAAACGCGAAAACCUGCACUGUGCAAAAUUAUCACGACUUCUUGUCUCGGGUAGUACUAUAGCAUGCGCUCGCUAGACCCGCGUAAAUGCCGACCACAAAAAAAUUUUUGAAAAAAUGGGGGCUAUGCUUCAUUUGGGGCCGAUCGGAUAUCCGGCCAAUUUUUAUAUCCAGUGUUGCAAAAUUGAAUGACUAGCUAGUCUUGGGUUACUCCGAGUUCACAACGGAGUAUAAGUUGUCGGAGUUGGGCGAUUGGGGAAAAAGACGAUUGGGGAAAAGUACGAUUGGGGAAACCGAAAAGUAUUAUUUUUCUUCCAUGCAAAUGUCGAAAUUAGGAUAACGAGGGUGCUCGUUUCGAAAAUGACAAUCAUUUUUUUGAUUCUUACUUGUUUUCUUAAGUAGUACUGUAAAGUAGUAAUGUUUGAUUUUUUUCAUAAAUACUCGAUUUAGGGGUUUUCGAGGGUGCUGAUUUCGAAAAUCAUGUUGAUUUUUUCUGAACUUUACUAUUUUUCCUUAAGUAGUAGUGUUAAAAAGUAACUUUUUAAAAUUUUUCUAGAAAUACUGGAUAUAGGGGUUUUCGAGGGUGCUGAUUUCGAAAAUCAUGUUCCUUUUUUCUAGUUGUUACUUUUUUCCUAAGUAGUACUGUUAAGUAGUAAUUUUUUUUUAAUUUUCCAAAAAUACUGAAUUUAGAAGUUUUCGAAGGUGGUGGUCUCGAAAAUCAUGUUAACUUUUCUUCUAGUACUAAUUAGUACUAUCUGAUACUAUGGAGUACCAGCACCUUCGAAGACCCCUAAAUCCGCGUCCCGACAUUUCGGGUCAGGGACAACUCGGGUCGCGACAACUCGGGUCAACGACACUUCGGGUCAACGACACCUCGGGUCAACGACAUUUCGGGUCAACGAUACCGUUUAAUAUUUUCGCUUCGGGACUGGGAAAAAAAAAUUUUUUGGUAUAUUUGAAAAAUUUUUGAAAUGUUUUCGCUUCGGGACUUAAAAAAAAAAGAAUUUUUUGGAGAGUUUGAACAAAUUUUUGAAAUGUUUUCGCUUCGGGACGUGGGAAAAGGAUUUUUUUGUUCUGAAUGUUACACUUUUAUUUUUCAUACGGUACGAAUGUUAUUUCUUUUAAAAUUUUUUGGAUAAAUAGUUAUUUUAGGGGUAAUUGAGGUUUAUUUUAAAAUUUUUUUGGGAAAAUGGUGCUUAUAAGCGACGAGCAAAUAAAAAAACCGUUAUGUGCAUAUAAUCAUUACGACUAUCUUCUUACUCCACUCUCUGGCACUGUCUGCGUUUAAAUCCCGUGCUUCCAGUUAAAAACAUUGACAAUAGAUACGAUUUUCUUAUUUGCUCGUGGCUUAUACACUAUUUCCCUAAAAAAUUUAAAAAAUAAACCUCAAUUUUCCAAAAAAUUCUUUUUUCCAAGUCCCGAAGCGAAAACAUUUCAAAAAUUUCUCAAAUUCACCAAAAAAUUCUUUUUUCCCAGUCCCGAAGCGAAAAUAUUAAACGGCAUCGUUGACCCGAAAUGUCGUUGACCCGAGGUGUCGUUGACCCGAAGUGUCGCUGACCCGAGUUGUCGCGACCCGAGUUGUCCCUGACCCGAAAUGUCGUAGCGCCCCUAAAUCCAGUAUUUUUGGAAAAUUUUCAAAAAAGUACUACUUAACAGUACUACUUAAGAAAAAAGUAACAACUAGAAAAAAUGAACAUGAUUUUCGAAAUCAGCACCCUAUCAAACCCCUAUAUCCAGUACUUUUAGAAAAAUUUUAAAAAGUUACUGUUUAACACUACUACUUAAGAAAACAAGUAAGAAUCAAAAAAAUGAAUGUCAUUCGCGAAAUGAGCACCCUCGAUUAUCCUAAUUUCGACAUUUGCAUGGAAGAAAAAUAAUCCUUUUCGGUUUCCCAAUCGUCUUUUUCCCCAAUCGUCCCUUUCCCCAAUCGUCCCAGUUCCAUAAGUUUUUCAUGAACAAGCUCGCAAACUAGGUCGUGGCCGAGGUCAAGGAAGUCGCCUAAAAUUACCCGAAAAUGGUCUCAUUGUUUGACUAUGAUGGUGAAGACCUUUUUUGGGUCAGGUCGUUGACUAUGCUUGGUCGUGACUCAUUUCAGUACAAAAAGCUGUGCAAGCUGACAUUUUUGAAAUUGCAAAAAAUAAAUAAUUUUUUCAGGGCUUUUUCCUCAUAAUGCCAACGAUUAUGAGGUGUUACAGUCAGCGGCAAACAAACAAGUUGUUCAAGAACAUAGUCGAGUUUAUUUGCAAGCAAUUCUACAUUCUUCACCGAAAGCCUUUUUUACUUCAAAUGUUUGGAUCCAUCGCGGAUAUUUGUGACCAAAACAACGACGAUCUCGAGAUAAAUGCGAUGCAAAUAAAAGCCAAAUACUUAUUCAACUUAUUGUUGGCAAUGGAAGAUAUGAACGAGCUCGAAGAUGAACUGGAUAUUCUCCCUCUAGUCCCCUACCCAAAGCCUUUGAAAGCUUUGGAUUUGUGUUAUCGCGACGACCCCAACACCUUCCUUCUGUUGCCAGAUGCCAUUGCCAGUUGUGUCACUGUUUGUGCAUUUGCUCCAGAAUCCAAGAGAAGUCAUCAGAUGUUGUUGAUAAUGCAAGCUGUAAUUCCACAUCUCUUGAAUAACCUGGAACAUGAAACGACAAGGCAAAACAACAUUCCGUCGGCAUUGAAGCAAGAGAUUACGGCUUACACCACCAUCUGCGUUGAGAUGAGAGCAUUGAUUAACAGUUGCGAGACACUUUCCAGGUAUGAUCAUUAAAGUCGAAGUUUGCAUUUUGUUACUGCAAGUAUACCAAUUUCAGGGGCCCGACUCGAGCAUUUGAAGCUGUGAGUGGUGGGAAUGAUCGGGGAAAAUCUUUUAUCGCAGAAUCUCCCCAGUUCUUCGAUCCCCCGACUGUCGCAGAAGAAGAACCGAAGAAUAAUCUUAAGGAAAGAAAGAAUCAGAACACAACCUGGGACAAUGUGGACAACAGUGAACUCCAAAAAGAACUCUAUCGAGGGCCAAGGGAAGCCUUGCUCUUGUUAUGUGCAAUGUUCAUCGAGAAGGCUGGGAAAAGGUUAAAAGAAUUGACAAAGUUGUCGGUCAACUUGGAACACUUCAAGAUCCCAGAGAUGUUUGAUGCUCGAUGUCACGUCAAGAUCAGCGACGUUGCUUUGUCCCUUUUGAAAGUGGCUCCUUAUGAUCUUACUACAAUGGGAUCCCAAGGACUUCAAAAGUAUGUCUUUAAUGACUUAUAAAUAACGAGAUUUAAGGUAUUUUUUGGUGAUAUUACCGGUUGUCGAUUGGUCGGUGGAGACAAGCCGGUCGGCUUUGAACAUUAUCCUGCGUCGAUUGGACAAAGCAAUAUCCAAAAUCGCGAAAAAGAGCUCUUCGAGGAAGAGGGCUAACUGGAACGCCAUCGCUAACUGGCUAAAUGGGCUUUACCAAACACUAGUUGCCUAUCCUUACAUUGCCCAUCUGCAUCCUUUGAAAACGAUGACUCAGAUGUGUCUUAGACUGAUUGCCGGGGACACCUUUUCCGAAGAUCUGGUCUCUGCUCCAAAUCUCUCGUCGACUACUAAUAACACCAUUUUGAAUCCACAAAUACCGCCGUACAAUUUCUGUGCAAUUUCCCUCAAGAUGGCUGCAUUUAUGAUGCAAGCCCUGGGGCAAUUUGCAUUUUCAUUGGAGAUUAUAUGCAGUCAUGAAGGUCUUGGAGCCGCGUCAGAAAGGCCUGAAGCUGUGUUAUGUCAUAUUCUGAUCCCGUUAUUCUUCUCAGCUGCAGCGCCAGGCAAAGAAGCUCCUCAAUUUCAGGCAAAGGAUAUCUUAUUUAUAUUGAACUUCAUUCAUAAUACAAUCAAUCCGACUAUCUCAAAGCAGAACACACCCACAAAUGCAGGAACAACCUUGGCGUCUUCGUUGAUAAGAGGGGCGGUCGCAUCGCAUAACACAGAUGCAUCAGGACGUCAAGGAUCCAUUUCUGUGACUGACAAAGGCCAUAUUGCUACAGUAUCAACUCACAGAAUCAUUCGGGAAUCCGUGGUUCAAUCCGUCUUCCUAGCCUUGAAAGUUUUGAUCGUCGUUUUUCAUCGGCAGUUAACCGCACACUGGGUUAAAAUUUCCAGAAUAGUCAAAGACAUCGCCUCAAAGAGAUUGGGAGGUUCUUGUAUGUACAAUUUCAUGGAGUUUGCGAGUCACCUGAACCUUCCAAUUUCACUGAUCAUCGUCCCCGUCAUCCAGCAAAAGCUGAAUCAAAGAAAUAUCUCCGAACAAGAAGCGGCUUGGCACAAUGAUUUCAGAGAUCGUCUUCUGAAGAUCAAGAAAGUCAGUUUGGAGGACAUCAAAGGUUAUAGUCAACUACUUACCAGACUCCAGCAAGAACUCAAUCACAUGAAAGAUGACUUCUCUUCUCGAUUGGUCGAAUUCCCUCGAUCUCACACUCCCACCAUCGGUGAUCUUAAUAGUGAUUCUGGGAGUACCCAAAGUGUCUCUACUCACAAAUCAGGACGUCCAAAUGAAUCUCGUCGUUUAUCUUCUUCAACGGCGUUCUCUAAACUGAGAAAUGCUGGUAAGAGUAUAUCCUCGACCGGCCAUCAAUCCAUGAGUUCUGAUGCCGGAGGGCAUAAUCUUCAUGAUGCGACAAUCUUGGAAGACAUUGAGGACGAGACUACACAGAUGAUGACGGGGAAAAUGCAGAAAAGUCCAUCCUUCCCAAGCACGCGACAUCCAUCACAUGUCUUCAGGGCACGAUCAAUAACUGGUUUGGGGGUCUUUAGAAGCAUGAGACGGAAAUCGACCACAGGAAAAGAAGAAAUGCUGACUUCAGAAGAUGAAGCAAAGCCGUUCAGACUAAAGGAUAUGCAUCAUCGGAGAACCAAGAGCUGGAACAAGAAGUAGGUUACUGUAAGAACUGAUUUUAUAUUUGCAGGCACAAGACAUUGACCGAUGAUUCUGUGCUCAUCUCUCCUUUAACAAUGCCCCAGUCACGUAUUCAGACAGCAGGGCAAUCAAUUGCCGAGAGUUUUCAUCAAAAGAGUACUGGGAGUAGUGGAGGCGACAGACAUAGAGGUAAGGCAUCAUUACUAUACUGGGUUAAGUAAAUAUAAUACUCUCUUUUCAGUGGUCUCUUUCUCCACCCAGGAAUAUAAUAAGAGUUCUCAACCGAGUGAAACCGAUUCAGACGAGUACUACAUUACGGCCAAGCAUCAUUUAAUUUAG